CACAGAAAUCUCAAGAUAACACACACCCACAAACACACACCCACAAACACACACACACAUAAUCUUGAAUCUUUCUCUAUGCAAAAUCUUUUUGAACCCACCCCUUAAUCCACCAUAACCCUCAAUGGUCUCCUUACUCCACCACUCAAUCACCCACCCCACCCCACCCCUCUUCACCCACCCCCACCACCACCACCACCGUCCACCACCACCACUCUUCAAACUCCACCACCACCACCACCGCCCCACCGGUUCAAUCAUAACCUGCAUAGAAAAGAACGGUUCUUUCACCUCAAACACCAAUAAAAACACUCAAAGAACCUUAUUCCCAGGUGGGUACAAGAGGCCAGAGAUCAAGAUCCCCAAUGUUGUCCUGCAACUGAACCCUGAACAAGUUCUUGAUGGUGGGAAGAUGGUUCUUGAUGUUGUUGAUCAGGCUGUUUCUGGGGUUGUUGGUGUGGUUGUGUUGAAUUGUGGUGAUGGGAAUGGGAGGGUGCUUUAUGAUGCUGCUUGUUUGUUGAAAUCUGUUGUUAGAGACAGGGCUUAUUUGUUGGUUUCUGAAAGGGUUGAUGUUGCCACUGCUGUUAAUGCUAGUGGUGUUGUUGUUUCUGAUCAAGGUUUACCUGCCAUUGUUGCAAGAAAUACAAUCAUGGAUUCAAAAUCCGACUCUGUAUUUCUUCCACUAAUCGGAAGAAAAGUGCAAACGUCAGACGUUGCGAUGAACGGCUCUAGUUUCGAAGGUGCUGAUUUUCUAAUCUACGAGAACAAAAACGAACAACUCACAGAGGAACCGUUAAUUUCCGCAAUCAAUCAAAUUAAAAUUCCAGUAUUUGUGUCUGUUGAUUCAAUUAACGAAGAUAAAUUAUUCAAUGAGAUGUCAUACGCACUACAAUCUGGAGCAAGUGGUUUAGUUGUUUCGUUGGAAGGGUUGAAGUUGUUGGGCAAUGAUGGGUUGAACAAGAUAUAUAGCAUGCAUGCAUCUGAUAAGAAAACGGAAGCUUUUGAUAGCGGGUUGGAGUUUGACCGGUCAAACGGGUUUCCAACUGAAAAGGGGUUUGCGGGUUUUGUCAAUUUGGUGGAUCGAGAAAGGGAGUUGAUACAAACCGAGAGGUCGUUACUGCUUGAAACAAUUGAUGUUAUUCAGAGAGCUUCGCCUCUGAUGGAGGAAAUUUCACUUCUCAAUGAUGCAGUUUCACACCUGAGUGAACCGUUCUUAUUGGUUAUAGUGGGUGAAUUUAAUUCUGGAAAAUCCACUUUCAUAAACGCUCUUCUUGGGAGAAAAUACCUUAAAGAUGGAGUUAUUCCUACAACAAACGAGAUAACUUUCUUACGGUAUUCCGAGCUUGAUUCUGAUGAGCAACAACGUUGUGAAAGGCAUCCAGAUGGCCAGUAUAUAUGUUAUAUAUCUGCACCAAUACUUGAGCACAUGAUCAUUGUUGAUACACCAGGAACCAAUGUGAUUCUUCAACGACAACAACGUUUGACUGAAGAGUUUGUGCCCCGUGCAGAUUUGCUCCUUUUUGUUAUUUCUGCAGAUCGCCCGUUGACCGAAAGUGAGGUUGCCUUUUUGCGUUACACACAACAAUGGAAGAAAAAAGUCGUGUUUGUACUGAAUAAAUCGGAUAUAUACCAAACUCCUACCGAGCUUGAGGAAGCAAUUGGAUUUAUCAAAGAGAACACACAGAAGCUCUUACAGAACGAAGUAAUAUUAUUUCCGGUAUCUGCCCGAUCUGCCCUCAAAAGAAAACUGAACGUAUCCAAUGACGAAUUGGCGGGGAACACCGAUUCUUUUUGGGAAACAACGAGCUUUUACGACCUUGAGAAGUAUUUGUACAGCUUUUUAGAUAGGUCCACAAGUACCGGAACCGAAAGAAUGAAACUUAAACUCGAAACACCGAUCGCAAUUGCCGAACAAUUGCUUUCUGCUUCUCAAAAUCUCGUGGAACAAGAUUUCCAACGGGCCAAAAAGGAUUUGAUUUCGAUAAAAGAGCUAAUAAGUAGUGUUAAAGAUUAUAAAUCGAAGAUGGAAACUGAAAGCAUAUCUUGGAAGAAACGAACUAUGUCCCUGGUAGAAAAAACACAAUCGCAGAUUGUGGAUCUUAUUGUUUCAACUCUGCGGUUAUCGAAUCUUGAUAUUGUGGUGUCGUAUGUCUUUAGAGGGAAUAAAUCCCCGAUGCCUGCGGUUGCAAGUGUUCGAAACGAUGUCCUUGGUCCAGCAUUAUUAGAAUCACAAAGAUUACUCAAGGAAUAUGUGGCGUGGCUUCAAUCAAAUAAUGCGCGUGAAGUAAAACUUUACGAGGAAACUUUCGAGAAAAAAUGGGCUUCGAUUGUGGACCCUAGCAACCGGUUUAUGUCAUCUGAAACACGUAAGUUGGUUGAGAAAGAAAAUGAAUUCAGUAUCAAAGUAGUAGAGGACUUCAGUGCCGCUGCUGCUUCCAAGCUAUUUGACCAAGAAAUUCGUGAAGUGUUCUUGGGGACCUUUGGUGGAAUAGGAACCGCCAGUUUAUUAGCUUCACUUCUGACAUCGGUGCUACCAACAACUUUAGAAGAUCUUCUUGCACUUGGGCUUUGCUCUGCUGGCGGAUACAUAGCGAUUGCAAAUUUUCCGGCUCGUAGACAAAAAGUGGUUGAUAAAGUAAAAAGGACUGCUGAUAAUUUAGCGCGUAAACUUGAAGAAGCAAUGCAAAAAGAUCUAUUAGAGACGACCGAAAGUCUAGAAAAUUAUGUUCGGUUUGUGGGCAAGCCUUAUCAGGAAGUGGCCCAAAGCAGAUUAGAUGAACUUGUGAUGAUUAAAGAUGAACUGACAAAAAUGGAGGAAAGAAUAAAAGCAUUACAGAUUGAUGUUCAGAAUCUCCAUGUGUCAUCUUAAUAGGUUGAAAGUAUAGUACCUAUAUGAAGAACAUUUAUGUGUUCUUGAAUGGUGAAGUGCGUGUCGAAAAUGUAUUUGUAGAUCAACAUCUUGUAUGUUGUAUAAUCACCUAUUGUGUAAUUUUGGUAUAGGUAAUAAUUUUGAUUGAUUUUUACAAGUAAAAUUGGAAGUGUGUAUAAGUAUAUUUUAAGAUGUUACGCGUAUGAUUAAAGCGCGUGUUCUUGUA